CAAAAGAUUUGGGAUUUUAGGGUUCUGAAAAUUUCUCUCAAAUCUCUUACCAUUCUCUUCCUCCUAUCUCUUCUGAUUCUCUGAUUCUCUUUCUCAAUCGUGAAGAUGCCUUGAUCGACCAUCCAUGAGAUACCUAAAAGAUUUGGGAUUUUAGGGUUCUAAAAAUUUCUCUCAAAUCUCUUACCAUUCUUUUCCUCCAAUCUAUGUUUUGUUGCUUCUCUGAUUCUCUUUCUCAAUCUCAAUCGUGAAGAUGCCUCGAUCUCAGUCUUCACCAACCCAAUCCUUUGCCUCUACACCAAAAAGCUCUGCACCUAAAAGCUUUGCAAACAAAAACUCAACACCCAAAAAGUCAUUUUGGAGUUGCUCGAUAGCGACCAGGUGCUUUAAACCAACAUACAGGUAUGAAGGUAAGAUACGGUAUUGCAAUUGUGGCACUGUUUCUCCAAGAAUCACUGCAUGGACUAAAUCAAAUGUAGGAAGAAGAUUUUAUGGUUGUCGAUAUUACAGGGGAACAAUGCUUUAUUUUUUUCUCCAAUCAUUGUGUUUUCAACAAGAGGAAGUGGAACCUUGUAAUGCAUUUGAGUGGCAUGAUGCUGAGAUUGUUGGAAGAGCACUUAAUGUUAUUUGGCACCUAAAAUUGGAAUAUGAAUGUUUGCAAUCUAAUUUUGAUGAGCUUAAAGAAUGCCAAAAUGGUGAAGAAAUGAUGACAUUGCCAAAGCUUUAAAAAGCUAAUUGCGAAAGUGAUAUCUAUUGAGUCUGCCAUUGAAGAGAUUAAGUCUACAGUUGAUUCGACAUGUGACAAUCUAGGUUUUGUUGUGUAGAGAUGAAUUGAGGAACAGAUGAAUAAAUUUCAAAGGAAUUUCUUUGUUGUGAAUUUGGGUUUGGUGGUUGUGUUGUGUUUUAUCUUUUUUUUCCUAGCCAACUAGAAAAUAGUUGUGCUUGUAUGAUGACCAAGAAGAUAAUGGCUAUUUUUGGUCUUAGAUAAUGCCAUAAGUCCUACCUAAUGUAUAUCUAUCAAAUUAAAGGAAAUGAAAAUCUAACUUUCAU